AUGUCCCUUGUGACUCCGGUGUCCACGGCAGCUCUUGUUGGGGUUUGUCUGGCAGUCGUCACAACCGUCUUACUUCUGGUCCUCAGUGUCUACCACUGCUACCGCCGUAAAUACAAGGCAUCAUUCUUCCAUGGUGGUACAGUAGAGAAAGGCAGUCGUACCUUCUACACCAGACCAACGAGCAAACCCAUCAGCAGUCCAGAGCUAUCAUCUCCAGACUCCGUACACGGGAAGGUGUUGUCAUUGGGUCCGUCAAAGAGCUACCCUCCCGGUACCCUUUCACCAGUCUCUCCACUGUCUCAUGAGAAGAAAACCUUGAUGAAGACUUACAGCACGACGGGUAGUGGUAUGGAUCCAGGAACCUUCAACAAGGACUGUUACUCGGAAGGUGGGGAUGUAAAGAGCGAGUCUGGAUGGCAAGGGGACAACAAGUUGGAGGGGUACGGGGAACAUGACCCGACCCAACUGGGACAGAUAAUGUUCACUGUAGAGUACCGUACGGAUAAGGGUGUCUUUACAGUGACCAUCCAUCAGGCACAGGGCAUCCCUAUGAAGGAUCCACAGAGUGGUACUUCAGACCCGUACAUCAAGCUAUGUCUGCUACCGGAAAAGAAGCACAAGGUGAAGACACGAGUCAUGAGGAAGACCUUAGACCCAGUCUACGAGGAAACCUUCACUUUCUACGGUCUGGCUUACAACCAACUACAAGGAGUCACGCUGCACUUUGUAGUCAUGAGCUUCGAUCGCUUCUCUAGAGAUGACGUCAUCGGUGAGGUCGUCGUGCCAUUGGCUAACAUUGACCUGAGUGAGAAACCCGUCAGUUUGACCCGAGAGGUCAAACCGAGACAUCCAAAGAUUUCCAAGACCCAGGGACGUGGUGAGCUUCUGACGUCACUUUGUUACCAACCAGCAGCCAAUAAGCUUACCGUCGUGGUCCUCAAAGCUAAGAAUCUUCCAAAGAUGGACGUCACUGGAUUGUCAGAUCCUUAUGUGAAGAUCUACGUGAUGUAUAACAACCAACGUCUGGCUAAGAAGAAAACUCGCCUCAAGAAGAGAACUCUAAAUCCUGUCUUCAAUGAGUCCUUCCUCUUUGACGUGCCACUAGAGGGCCUGGAGAACGUCAGCCUUGAAUUUCAGGUCCUGGACCACGAUCGGGUCAUGAAGAACGAGAUUAUCGGGCGCCUCGUUAUCGGAAGCAAGGCUGGUGAAAACGAGGCUCAGCACUGGACGGAUAUCAUUCGCAACCCAAGGAAGCAGAUGGCGGAGUGGCACAAACUGACUGAUUAGCUCAUGACGUCACACAUGACGUCGUGAGCUAGAGAAGGAAACAGAGAGACAAGGAAGCAGAUGGCGGAAUGGCAUAAACUGACUGGUUAGCUCAUGACGUCACACAUGACAUCAUCCAUGAGCUAGAGAAGAAAACAGAGAAACAACAAGCAGUUGGGAAAUGAUUUAUGUAUAUUUUUGUGUUAAUGAAAAUGCAUGUUCAACUUUAUGUUCAACGAAAUAAUUACUUAUUGAAUGUAUAUCACUGCAAAGCAAAUUAUAAUCUUAAUUGUAAGGCCAUUGUUGAAAAAUAUUCAUCAGUAUCAUAAGUAUGUUAGUAUACGGAUAAUGGUAUUAUGUAACAAUAACAAACAAACAUGUAUAUUUAAAUAACAUGAACUACUAGAUAAAUACAUUCCUCAGAAAACGCUUACAGUUUUAUUUCAGUAAAAUAAGAUAUAUUUGACUGCUCUGUAUAAACAAAUUAAUCAAAGGUUUAUUUUUGUAUCGCUUUAAGAUGUAUGUUUGACGAAAACAGAAUUCGCGUAUCAAUUCCUUCAGACAACGAGAUCUUCCAUUCCAAACCUCCAACGUGUAGUUGAUGUCAAUUCCUUGCUGCUCUGUACAUAGUACGAUUUGCUUAGAGGUAUUCAAUGGUACACGUUAUUCUGUAGAGAUAACUCCAACCUUAUAUCUAAAGAGAGAAAACCCAAGUUAUAUCCAAAAGGGCCAUUCUUGCCAAACAGUAUAUUAUUAGGAUAGUGACAGUGACUUUUGUGUCUGUUGGUUUCAACUGUGAUUCUGUGCCGACAUGUUUCGACUGUAGAUUUUGUAGCACUUUGUGGGCGUGUUGUAUUCAACUGAAUGAUUCCUGUGGAAUGUGGUAGAGGGCGCACUUCACUACAAUGAUUUCUCUGUGAUGAAGUCGAGGCUGUAAGGACAAAAUCCCCUUUUUAUUCUACAUGAAACUUUUAAUUUGUUAUUUGCAUCACAUCUUGAUAAGGUACCAGACUAAUUCCCCAGCCUCGAUUUGGAUAUUUUAAGAGUUUGUCAAUAAUAUUGAGUUAGCCAGCAGGUGGUGAAGAGAGUUGAUUUAGUGACGUCAUUCUAAUGAUCUUUCUUUUGGUUUUUUCUAUUUUGUAAAUUUUUGUUUUGCAUUCGAACAAAAUGGUGAUACAACACAGAUAGACUGUCCUUUAUACCUUGGUUCUUAUGGUGUCUAUCGUAGCCAAUGAUCGUAGCCAAUGAUCGUAGCCAAUGAUCGUAGCCAAUGAUCGUAGCCAAUGAUCGUAGCCAAUGAUCGUAGCCAAUGAUCGUAGCCAAUGAUCGUAGCCGUGAAUGUCCACCAUUCGUUACAAGAUUCUUAAUGAAAACUGCUCAUAAAAAAAUACAAAAAUAGUUUAAAAUAAUUCAUAUUCACAAUGUUUAGAAAUGGUACGAUAAGUAGACGUAACAGUGUGUGUGCUACAGUGUAAACAAUAUUAGACCACAUAAAAGUAUCUUUAGCGCACCAAAAUAAUUCUGCAAAAUGGUGAAGUGAAGUUUUAAUUUUAUUAUUGGAUCUAAACAAAAGUAGCCGAGUAUUAUUUCUAAGAUAUAAAACAAUAUGGCUUAAACUUUAACGGGGCACAUUACUUUCGGAUUGUGCCAUACACAGCGUUUGUUAUAAAAUGAUGUAUUGAGAUGGAGACAUCAUUUUAUAGACUAUUCAUCCCUUGAAAUCUUGCAGCUUUUGUGUAAUUUCAUUCAGAGCAAGGUUCGCUGUUUUUGUAAAACCAUGUUUGUUUGUUGACUCCACAAAAUGGCGGACCUUAGUUUUUGUGGUUGUUUAUGGAGAGGCAGUUUUAUGUUAUUUAAAUCACUACACAAUAAUUGCAUGAUUUUGUGCAUGACCGGCUCUUGUAGAAGAUUUUCUAAACAGUCAAACUUGUUGAGAUUUGGAGGCAAUGUGCUGCUGUCGGGUCGUACACAUGUCGAUAAACAGUUCUACAUGCACGCAAACAUGUUAAAUUCACAUCAUUCAGAUAGUCAGGAAUACAUUUUACAUAAAUUUUGCAAAUUGUUGUUGUUACUUAAAUUAAGGAUAUAAUGUGUUUGUCAUAAUAAAAAAAUAUAAAAAUUGGGCGGUGGAACAUCAUAUUGCUUCCCUAUGCGGUGCCGCCAUCUGGAAUUAUCUGCAGGCGUUUGGGAAACCACGUUACCCCAUGCCGGCUUCUUUACUAUACAGGUCUUGAGUGUUUAUUAAAACUGGCACCUUAUUAUAUCUUCAGUGGCCGACGAAGCCAAAACCGGGUCUAAGAUUCUAAAACGUGUUCUUAUGAAUAACCAUGAAUGUGAUGUGUAGAUUUCGGGACGUAAAACAUUUUAGCGUAGCACUUGAGAUUAAAAGGUAGUUUUAUAACUCGUUUUCGGAGGUUUAUUAUCGUAAUAUUAUGGCCACAGCUAUUUAAUCAUCAACAAAUAAAUGACUUGUUUAUUUCAUCACAAAUAAAAUGACUUGUUGCUUUCGGAACUCUCUUCAAAAUGGCGUCAAAUUCCUCUCCUAUCUCUUGCACCAACAAACAAAUCAAAUGUUCCCAGCCAGCUGUUCUAGAGUGUACGAAAUUAUAAAUGUUGACUUGUUACCUGGAGACAUUAUUUCCAGAUGUUUAUUUUUUUUCGACUGUACAGAAAGCAAACCCCGUCCAGUUAAAGUGUUUAAAUAUUAAAUAAAACAGCGAAAUUGUAAAAAAAAUACUUUUGGUGUUACAGUGCAUGCUACGCUAAAGUGAUAUUUCACAACAAACACCCAAGUAUGAUAAACAAAAAUGUAAAAUAUAAGUACGCGAAGUUCCGGCAUCACUCACCACGUAAUUAUUCCCCAUUUUUAUUCAUGAUUUUUUUUUAAUCAGGAUGUAAUAUUUAAGUGCUUUAUUCAUUGUUAAUAAACCUUGAUAAAAUAACUUAAUUAUAAAUAAUGUAAUUAGACUAAUGGCUUUAGACUCGUGCGGUUGUGUAGAUAAUUAAAACAUGUAAAUAAAAUUGCAAUGAUC